GAGUUCUGUCAUCCUUCGCCAGCCGACUUUUAUUUAUUAUGGCGAAUUUAAACAGAACGGCUGUUCUUUUAGUGUUGGCAUUUAUCGCGGUACAGGCGUUCCUGAAGAAAGACGACAAAACAAAGUGCCCUCAGGUGAAAGGUGCGAGAAGAUUCGAUAUAAGUUCGAUUUUAGGUUCUUGGUACGUAGUGCAGUAUUAUGCCACUUCAGAGGAAGACGUGAUAUAUAAAUGCAUGAGGGCUGUUUUCUCCAUGCCGUCCGACAGGAUAGAGCUGGAAAUGAACUUCACGUACAGCUUUGCGGACGACCCUGGUGCCGAAGUACUCGACGGCAAUAUCACUUGGACUAUACCGGAUCCGUCGCAACCCGCCCAUUGGAUCCACGCCGAGGAUACUUAUGAGGGCGUCUACAAUACUUAUGUUUUGGACUGCGACCAAAACGAAUGGGGACUUUUACUCCACUGCGCCGAGAAGCCGAAAAGCCCUCGCUACCUCACGAGUCUGAUGCUCAGCAGGAACACGACCCUACCUCCGAGCGUGACCAGCUUCCUAAGAGACAAACUUCCUAGAUACGAUAUCAGCUUGGCGUAUAUGUUCGACAUGUCGCAAAACAACUGCGAAGAUCCCAUGAAAAAUCUUCACUAUGCGUCAAAGAAACCGAAGUCGAGAAAAGGCAAACAUCCCCUGGGUCGGAAGGCGAGGUUCGCUAAAUCCAGUGAAAAACUGUCGAUGGAUUCAAAUUGACGAAGCCACUAACAUGGAUAAGCCUAAUAUGACCAAGCUCACUGUCGCGGUAAAAUACAUUCUGUCCACUGAGAGAGUUUCCAUCGCCCCGAACUGCCCUAUCUCUCUAACGGCAGGAGGCAGCUUUAGCAGAUACGACAUAGUUUUAAGAUAAGCCACUUUUAUGUAUUCUUUGUUAGAACGUACAACUGUAUCUAUGUUGGAGAGGAAAUAAAAAAAGAUUCCUUUUGUC